AUGGGAUGUGGUGUCACAAAGUCUGACCAGUUCCACAAACACACCGGAAAAGGUAACCAUGAGUUUUUUGACGACACUUCAGAACCUUUCUAACAGGAUUUUGGAUCCUUUAUUCGGCCUAAACAGAAAUGCAGUAUGGCCCUCUUUGUCUUCCAAAUGUCUAUUGUUUACUUUGUGCCCCUUUUUGAAAUCUCUUUUAAUUCUCUCACUCUUUUCUGUCUUUUUUUCCUGCUGCAUGCAGCCGUCACAAGUAAGCCACAUCAUGCUUUACCUUGUUUGCAUUGUAUUGUUGUUGUUCAUUUGCUAGAUGUCACCUCAAAUGUAGAUACUGUCUCUUUGUCGAGGCUUUAUGUAUAAAAGGGAGGAUCUAACUUCAGCAAAAUAUUAUUUAGAUAUUUGGCUUAACAAAGCUGAAUUAGGAUCAACACUUCCUAAGCUAAAAAGGUAGUGACUGCUAGCUUUUCUUGUCACCAUGUUUGCUGUGGAUACUCCUACACACCUUAGCUAAUAUGAUAAUAUCACCAGCAGUAUAAUCUGAAAUAAGAUGCAAAAUCCUGCAAGGUCUAGUAAAUUUUGAUUUAUUUUUAUCUCUGUUUUUUUUCACAGACCCUUUGUUUCUUUAAAUUGUUUGCCUCGUGUAUCUUUCAUAGUGGGAUUUUGUGAAUUAUUAAUUUUUUUUUUAUUGCCAUGGAAAAAAUGCCUUCCCAUGCUAGUUCACAAACCCUAUCUUAAAGCUCCUGUGAGGAGUUUUUUUUAAAUGUUUUUAAAAUAAACUAAAACUCAUAUUGAUUCUUUUUAUGAUGUAAAAAGCAGAAUAGACCACCAGGGACAAGACAGACCUUUUUUUUAAUUUUGCAGUUUUGAACGUCUGAAUAGUUUGAGGGUGUAGGUGUCGGUUGAGCAGCUGAAGAAACAGCCCUGAUUUUACAGUUUGUAUGUUAAGAUUGCACAACAAAUCAUGCAUCCAACCAUAAAAAAGUGAUCAGGAUGUGUUUUUUUUUCCAGGAGGCUUUACUCAAACAUGUAAAGAACAUGAUAAGCUAAUACUACUUUGGGAGCUUGUUACACAGGAGCUUUAAUAUUUAUUUAUAUUUCUGUCAAUUAAGUUCUUUUUAUAUUUGUUUGAAUUUGCAAAAUAUCUUUAAAGAGACAAUAUGUGCUUUCAGUCAAAUACAGUUAAGCACAGGUGUACUGAAGUUGCUUACAGUGAAAAUUUCUGAAAAUUUCUUUUGACUUACUUAAAGCUCCUUUAGGGAUUUUAUAACUUGUAAAAAGUAACUAGAAUUGAUACUGUUGCUGUUAUGUCUACCUAUAAAAGCAUAGUAAACCAUCAGGGAAGACAUUCUUUUAUUCCACAAACUGUGUUGUGUUUCAGCUAUUCGAGCUGCCGUACUGAUCCAGCGAUGGUACCGUCAAUAUGUGGCCCGCACAGAAAUGAGACGGAGGUAUACCUGGCACAUCUUCCAGUCCAUCGAAUACUCUGGAGAGCAAGCUCAGAUAAAGGUGAAAAUAUCAAAAAGAGAAGACCAAGUAAAUGUGUGUUUUUAGUUUUCACCAACAUAUGAACUGUCACAUCUCCUUCUUGUGCAGCUUUACAAUUUCCUUGGCUACCUCAUGGAUAAUUUCACACCAGCGAGCACUGAGCGUAAGACUUCCAUUAGAAACUUUUCACUUUAUUCUGUGAAAUCCCACUGAGGUAUGACUUAACAUCCUGAAUUUGUCCAUCUAGGAAAUCUGAUCUCACACAUCUUCAGAGAGAACGAGGUUUGCCUGGAUGCCGAGUGGGAGAGGUACUUCUGCUACAAGAACAUUGAGGUGCCUGAGAUUUACUCUGGACCUCACCUCACCUUUCCCCUGACGGUGGACCAGGCAGUGGGGCUGGUGGAGGCCUUCAGAAACAAAAAAGUAGGUGCAUCAAGCUGUUUUUUGGAAACAAUCACAGAUGUUUGAAUCAGUGGUUUGAGUUAAUGCGGUUACUGCAUUAACUGCAUAGAAAUGUAACUCUUGAUACUAUAUGUUACUUGCUAAAAGUGUUAUUGGAUAUGACAGAGAGGGAUCGUAACAUAAAACGCACUAGGCUACACCUGUCUGUGUCUUUGUAGUACCUCUUCUUAACACGUCUCUUUCCCAGCAGCAGUUGCACUCCCGUUACGUCCUCCAACUCUUACUUGAGACGUGGAAACGGUUCCGGUUGUUGCCGAACAUCAAUCGCAUUGCUACCUGCCAAAGCAAAGAAGUCUGUAUUUGUGGUGAGUUGAAAGAAAUGAUCAGUUUCUUAGAUUCAGAUAUGGAUGGGGAUGUAAAAACAAGACCAAAUGAGAUGUUUCUUGUUGUAGCCCUGAUUUUUAACCCUUGAAAAUCAGCCAAUCCGGAAAGUAUUUUAGACUACCCUGAACCAAACACCUGCUGUUUCAAAUCUCUGUUUUAAGAUAUAAGGCUUGUCAUUUAAAUUUGAAUCUUUUAUUUCAGUCUGUCAUUUUUAUUGAUCCACAGUGAUUAAUUUAAGCUUUAUUUCUUUCUGUAAAGGGGAUCUACACGGACAACUGGAGGACCUGCUGCUGAUUUUCUACAAGGUCUGAACCUCUUCUUAAAUAAAAUCAAAUAGAUAAUAUUAUUCAGCUGCAUUUUUUUAAGUGCUCUGCAAAUCAUAAGUUUGUGAAAUAGGUGAUGUUUGAAUGCUUCAUGCUGUGACUGAGAAUUUUUUUACACUCAGAUUACAGAAUAACCUUUAAUCUAGUUUUAUUUUGAUGUUAUUCAUAUAAACUGUGAAUUUCAAUGUAAUAAAAAUACCUUUGACCCAACUUUAUUCAUCUAUUUCUUAUUCUACAGAAUGGUAUGCCAUCUUCAGAGAAUCCAUAUCUGUUCAAUGGAGACUUUGUGGACCGAGGCAAAGACUCCAUUGAGAUCCUUAUCAUCCUGUUUGCGUUCCUGCUCGUCUACCCGGGCGAUGUCUUCCUCAAUAGAGGAAACCAUGAGGAUCAUAUUGUCAACCUGAGGUAAAAUGACACAUAACAGAUCCUUUCCUUUCACUGCUCUUGAUCCCAAUCCAUCCAAUGAAAUCACAAACCUUCAUUUUUGAUUGUUGUGUUGUGUUUCUUUGCCGUUGAAGGUACGGAUUCACAAAGGAGGUGUUGACUAAAUACAAGGUGAGUUCAUAUCAUGUUAACCUACCAGUCUCUUCUCUACCUGCUCAUCAGACUAUCUUGAAAGCAGCACAUAAAAAUAGUUACAGUCAUCUACACUCACUGUAAAGCUUGGUAUAGGCCAGCUUUCUUAGCAAUGAAACUGAUGACUCUUUAUGGCUAAGAGGAUUCAAGGUUAUUACAGCAGCAAGACUGUUGGCCCAGGAGUGCUACAUCUAUAAUAUAUGUAUAUUUCAACAUUUCUUUGAUUGGAGAUAAACACCUCCAGCAAGGCUCAACACACCCUAAUACUCUGUUUAAAUUUAGACAGCCUACAACAGAAAUCCCUUUAUCAUCCUCUUCAACAUUUCAAGCGAGAGAUUGAGACUUUAACUUAAAGUUACGUAGAGGCAGACAAUGGGAACAGAUGAAAAGUUCAUUUAAAAACUACGGACAAAAAGUAACUAAAGUCAUUUAUUAAACAUGGUUAAUAUAAAUACGAAUGAAGUAAUCAGAAUGAAAAAUCAAAUAGGUUUAGUCAGUCAGACAAAAUUUCAGGGAGUUUUUUAAAGGCCUUGGACUUUUGUCAGAGUAAGAAAUUAUCUGCGCUAAUGUUUGUGUCAAACAUUACUCAGAUCACCCUGAACUUGGCAGUGGCCAAGAUACCAAAAAAUACAUCGCUUUGAAAAAAAGAGAGGAAAAAUGUCUCACAUUCAAUGAGCUGUGACUAAAAACUACUAAAAACUAUAUUUUAAAGUGAAAGAAGUGGAUGUAAAUUAAAGCUCCUGUGUCAAGUUUGGCGCCCCCUGUGGACAAGACAGUCUUUGCUUGUCUUGUCCUCUACGUGUUUAAGUGUGACAUUUGAGCAAAUGUCUGAUCCUGCUGACAUUUGAUCAUGAAAAGUAUCAUUUAUCGUGCAUAUUUUAUAUGUACUUAAGAGAAACAGCUCUUUUUCUUCAGCUGCUUGGCUGACACUGACACUGAUUUCCAGGCAUAUACAAUUAGUAUAAAAAAAAUCACCAAUUAUGUCAAGAUGGUCUUGUUUGGUUUGGGAUAUUAUAAGAAGACAUCCAUAUGAUUUUCAGUCCAUUUCAUUAAUGUUAGAAAAGUCCUCACAGGAGCUUUCAGGUUGUUUUCUGUUUGUGAUCCUCCUCCUUAGAUGUACGGCAAACGCAUCCUGAAGCUGCUGCAGAAGAUUUUCAGCUGGCUGCCUUUAGCAACUGUGAUAGACCAGAAGGUGGUGGUGCUCCAUGGUGGGAUCUCUGACAGCACAGACCUCAACUUGCUUGCCAGAGUGGACCGACACAAUGUAAGAAAAUUAUGUUUAUGUCUUUAAUAUCAAUCAAUUUCAGUUUUAACUAAUCAUUGUAAAAGUGCCUAAUAUAUGCCCUCUCUCUGUUUCCCUCCAGUAUGUUUCAGCGCUGAGGCCUCCAAAGAGGAAAACCACCAGCAACUCUAUCAGGUCUGUCGACUCAGACUUAGAGGAGGACUUCUGGGCUUCAAACAGGCUCAUCCAGCGCCGAAGUUCCCUCACGUACCCUAAAACCUUUGGAUCCCGGGACAGCUUUCACAACCGCUCUCUGCAGGACUUCUCAGAUCGGAUCAAAGUGGACCCAGCGGACGAGCUGGAGAUGUGCCGCAGAAAAACUACGCCUUUUAGCCCGGGGGUGAACAGAUCAAAGAAAGAGUCGACUCCGCCUGGAUCCACGGACUCAGUUAGCAGCGACCCCACCAAGGAUGAGUGGAGACAGGUCAGUGAUUGACAAAUCUGAUUUGGUAAAAAAAAACAACUUAUACCAAACAGUCCUUUUUAAGUUAUGGUCGCUCUUAAUUUAAUAGUGAUUCUACAGCUUGUUUUCUUGAUUAUAGUUAAUCAAAAUGGCCAAAAAUAGGGACAGAUUGUAAGAAUUAAGUGGCUGUCCUCUGGCAAGUAAAGUAAGUUAUAGUUAGUUCUUUUCAUGCUAAUUAAAGUGAUAUUGUGUGUUAUUAAGUGUUAUAAAACAACAAUCAUGGGAGACUUAGUUAUCCAUGUGACAAGUUUAGAAAAUAUGAGAAAUGUACAAAGUCUUUGGCGAUUAGAUUCCAUCUUGUUUUUAUUUAUUCAAGGGGUUGUUGAGGCCAAGACCAGGCUAGGAUGACCCAGGAGUGUAUGUAUUGGUGGUGAUAAAGGAAGGCAGGAUGGAAGAUUAGAUGAGAAACCUGAAUCUGGUCUCUUAUGAGAUGAGCUGGAGGUGACAGACGUAGAAGAAGGUUGAAAUGGUCAAGUUGAAGUGACAUCUGAAAGGGGAACAGAUUUCUGGCAUCAGCUGGGUGAUCGGUAAGUAGUGGUUGAGGUUAAAUAUGUUUGGUUCAGCACUUAAAGAGUUAAUGCCCAUAAUUGAUUGAUCAGCUGAACAGGAAGAAAGAAGUGGGGACAGAGAGAGGGCGAGGAAAUAACACGAGUGGAAUGACAACCUAUUGAAAACAACUUCCCUGUGGGACUCGAUGGGUUUCAAAUAUGUCCUCUGCUGUAAUGCAUGUACUGGAGCAACACUAGGACAUGAGUCCAGAACUGUGCCAAUAUUCACUGUACAUUAUUAUGGACAGUGGUCCUUUUUCCCCUCGGUUAAGCACAGAGACACCAGAGAUGUGUGCUGACAUAUCAUAAUGGUGGAGCCAAGCUACACCCAAAACGAUCCCUGAGUCUGGCACAGUCCACAGCAGAACAGGUUCUUGUGGUCUUUGGUUGGUGUUCUUUCUAUUUUUGAAAGUUAUGGAUUCACUUUGGGGGAGCUGUUGUAAUGUGAACUUUUUAAAAAGUCAAUGGUGCAACCUGGCAAUGUGGCUUUUUAGCAGAUAUUUGGACACUAAUUUGCACUCAGGGGGAAAGUUUAUAUUCAAUGUGUAGCCUAAUGAAUGCUCAAACUAUACAGUAUACCUGAUGUUUAGGCCAUCUGAAGUGCGGCUUAUCAUAUGAUCAAGCGGAGGACGCUCCCAUUUAAACCUGGCCAAUCCGUGCACUCAUACAGUACUGCUAUUCUACGAAAGUGGAGGACAUGGUCAAACAAAGCUGCAGUGAGCGACAGUCAUGACACUAAAACAUCUGAGAAGUGCGGUUUGAAAGUACUUUGAACAUAUCCAAACAUUUGCCCACAUGUUCGAUAUUCUUUCAAAACUAACAUAGUGCAACAUAAAGAAUAUUUACAAAAUGGAUAAUGAGAGAGAGCAGGUUGGCCAAUGGCUGAUAGAUAAUCUUGUAAUAUCGUGUUGUGUUCUUUUCUUGCAUUUGAAUAAUUACAACAAUUUAAUAAUACUAAGAAAUGAUAAACAACAAACAUUUCUGUAUUGUUCAUUCAAGGGCUUACAUCACAAACUCCAAGCUCUUAGUAUUACACUGUCAUAUGGAUAGCUUGUUGAGUUUUCUUGGAAAGACAUGAUAAUAUCAACUCACAUACUUAUCACCACAACUUAUGCUUCACCUUCAGCUCUAACAAUCUUAUUUAUGCCACUUAUCCCAGUUAAACAUUAUUGAUACUAUAGAGCUGCGUAUUCAGAUCUUACUGUGAGUUUUUCCAGGCUUUAAAUUGCCCUGAAUACUUCCUUGGUGACCAUAGCCUGUGGAAAAAAGGUGGGUUAUUUUGGUCAGAGUUCAUGACCUUUGUGCUUGGCUCUGUGUCCAUGGACUAUAUCAGUCCAGAUGGACGAGCCAUCAGUGAUCAACACUCACUGCAGAGGAGCUGCGGUAAUCCACUGUGUCAUUAAUCCCCCUACCGUGAGUUCAAUCUGCUUUUCAAACAUGCCCUCACCACCGUAAACACUGGCUGUUGAACUCUGUGGUCCCAGUCAGGUCCUGUAUUUGUUGGUGUUCAUGUAGAAAUAAGUUCAGGGAUAGAAAAUAAGUGGGUGUAACUCAGUCAUUGGACCAUCUAGAAAAGUUAUCCAGAGAUGCUUUCAGGUGUUUUAAAUGACUAAAAACAGGAGAAACUUUAAAAUAACCAACAGAACAUUAAAAGAAGACACCGCUUUGUAGAUUUAAAAAGCUGUCAUAAUAAAUAGGCAAGAGAAUUUAUUCAAGAGAUAAAUUGAAUGAGUUAAUAUGCUGAAAAAUAAUAACAACUCGGCCUGAGUUCUAAAGGUUGGAAAUUUGUUACGAUAAGCCAUCCGAAUAUAACCAGACUUUACACUCCACACCUCUGUUGUCUAGUGAGGCCUAAAGAGAUUGCAAGAGGUUUGAUUGCUAAUGCAAUAAGCAGAGGACAUAGCAGACAGCCAUGUCUAGUACAUUACGUUGCAUUAAAGUACUCUGACCUGAGUUAAUUUGUCUAGACAGAGGUUAUUGAAGAGGCUUUAAGAGGAUCAAUCUAUGAAGGAAGUAAAUUUACUUGCAAACAAAACAUAACCAAGAUGUCUGAGCAAACAAGUAUGAAUGAAUAGAAGAGAAGCAGGGAUCACUACAGUCUGGGGGUUUGUCUCGACACCCAGAGCCUUGGUCUCAAUUUUAAUGAAAAUCAUUCAAACAGCCUUGAGGAUAUGUAAACAGACCAACUAACUGAAGCAGUAAAUAUUGUUCAAGUCCAAGUUGUAGAUUACAGAUCAUCAACAUUUGAAUCUGAUGUUUUCUGAGCACUUUGUACUCUUCUUGUCUUAUCUUUGUGUGUUAUAAGUUUGAUUUUUUUUUUUUUUUAUUCCUUAGAGCAGACACUGGAGAAGAUUUGCCAGUGCUCUCUCCAGUUUUUCUUAAAAUUUCCUUUGUCCUUUGUCACAUCUUUUUAAGGUGUUUAAGUUCAGCUCCAUGAAGUGAAAUCGUUUCUUUUCUCGCUUGUGUUCCUGCAGAUCCUUGAUCUUCUGUGGAGUGACCCGAUGACCACAGACGGCUGUGUACCCAACGAGGUGCGGGGUGGAGGCUGCUACUGGGGCCCUGACGUCACUGAAGAGUUUCUGAACAGACACAACCUGCAGCUCCUCAUCCGCUCUCACGAGUGCAAACAGGAGGGUUAUGAGUUCUGUCACAACCGUAAGGUAAGACUAAAGACUGACAGGAGCAUGCUUGUUUCUAAAGGCUGUAAAAAAAUGCUCUAAAAGUCAACUAUUUAUUUCAACCCUCUCAGGUCCUCACUCUGUUCUCUGCCUCCAAUUACUAUGAUGUUGGGAGCAACAGGGGGGCCUAUGUGAAGCUGGGUCCAGACCUUGUGCCUUACGUGGUUCAGUACCAGGCGAGCAGCAUGACCAGAGAGCUCACUGUGAGACAGAGGUACGACGAAUUAUUGAGAAUAUGUGUCAUCACAACAGAGCUACAGGUGUCAUCCCUGUGUCCUAAAGCCCUUUAUGGAAAUGCUGAGGACUCACUUUGUUCUUAAGCUGCAAUUUUUUUUUUCAAAUUAGACACGAUUUAAAUGAUAUAAAAUCUCUUCAUACGCUUAAACUUUAAUGUCAAGAAAAUUCUCAGGUCAAAGCUUUUAUGGAGUAUAGCAGUGUUACCUCCAGUGUGUAAUUUCAACAUAUGGAUGAAGGGAUAUAUACAACUAGCACUUAAAAACGUGAACAUUAUUGGCAUAAAACCCCCCAAAGAUAGUGACACUCCUAACUAUUCAUAUUUCAAACAUGUUUAAUAUUUCUAAUACACUUUUCCAGAGCUGAAGGUAACUUUUUAUUUUGCUCUUUUAGUCAUGCACCUGCAUCAUAAGCCCCAAAUGUGCAUUUUUAAAACAAACAAAACAGAGAAAUCAGCAAAUUUAGUGGCAAUGAGUUGACUCUGUGGUAAAUAAUGAAGUUUUCUAAUUAAAGUAUGAUUCAAAUCCAAGCUCUUUAAACAAUUUAAAGCAAAUGUUGAUUUCUUGGGUAAAUUUCCUGAAAAUGAAGGUAUACAUCUUUGCCAUAUUUUCUCUCAUAGCUAUUGUUUGGGCUUUGUGUUUCAUAGAUACCGGAAAAACAGGAGACAGGGGACUAUAUCUUUAUAGCAGUAGGCUACAUUAAAUCUCACUGAUCAGAGCUGUAUCUUGUUUCUCUACCUUUGAGCCAGUCCUGAGCAAAACUGAGCUACUAGUCUGCCAGCUGUAGGUUCAUAAUGAGCUUCAUAUAAUAGACAAUAACCUACUGAACCUACUGUUCCCUAGGGUUACAGCACUGCUUCCCCCUCCAGUUUCUUAACUAAUGAAGACCAUUUUUAAGAUAAGUUUUUGGGCCUUCGUUACUUUAUUCAGAGAAUAGGGCAGCGAAUGGAGUCUGAAACUGGGAAGGAGAACAGUAAGACUUGAGCCCGAGCCACCAAUCCACUUGAGGUGUGUGAUUUAAUCUGUUAACAUCUUGUUUGCAGUGUUGGCCGGACUGAGCGCUCUGCACUCAAAGUCCUCCGGGAGCAGCUGUUUUCACACAAAUCUGACCUCGUCUGUGCCUUCAAGCAGUACGACACCGAGAACACAGGUACGUGCUGUGACUUUCAUGGAGUAAUUCACCGGCUGUAUUUUCGCAGUCCCCAAGAGAUUGGGUGUCACUUUGGGUGAUUACUGAUCUGGUAAUCACCUUGAAGUUCAGAGGGGAUUAUGUAAGGCCGGUGAGAAACACUAGCCCUUAGUUUUGUAACUUAAUCCCCAUUUGGCAAAACAAACACAUGAGCUGACCAAAAGUUCAGCACAGGAGACUGAAUAGUUUCACAGAAACUUAAGCUGAAACUGUUGUUCAGAGCCUUUAACAGUUAAAGCUGUUGGUUUCCAAAGUUAUCGCUCACUGUCUCAUGUUAUUUUUCAUUACAGAAAUACCAAGACAGAAAUCCUCCCAAAGAAUCCUGAAAUAAAACUGAAUGAAUUCCAAAACUCGUACAAAUUUCUCAUGAUUCAAAAGUUUUAUGGAGCGAGUCAGAGCGGCAAAUCAAAUCUCCAAAGACAAGUGCAGAGUUUUCUCUGCCACUGCUUUUGCACCAUAAACUUCUCUAUUCUCUUACUACUUGGUGCUUACUGUUGUGCUAGGUUGCAAAGGUUGUCCAACAGCACUUUAAAUCCCUAAGUAUUGACCAUUUAGUCUGUUUCAAAUUGCUCUGAAUGCUUUAAAUUUGUAUCUUUCGUUUUAUUCAAUUGUCUUUCAAACUAAUAGAAUUAGUGUCAUAGCAGCAGCAGCUCCAGCCCUUUGACCUCAAUAAAACAUGUGCAGUUAGUUACUCUUCUGUAUAGACCUCAGCGACAAAUUAGAUCAAUGAUGGAAAAAUGACAUUAGUAAGUUAGGUAGUGUUGCAAAAUGAAGCUGUUUAUAACUGAGAGUGUAAUGAUAAAAUUCAGCUGAAACUGAGGGUGUCUUUACACCUGAGAGAGCUGAAAUACAUUAGUUCUGUAUUGAAGAGCUGUUAACGUAGAAAAAGCUGUUAGUGGACACAGGCCCUUAAUCACCGAUCAAUAAGUUCAUACAAGCGAAACUAGUUUAUUUGGGAAAGGUUAAAGAAUUCUACAUUCUGGGUGUCCUUUUACGUACGAGUAUACAGUACAGUGUGCUGUGGAUUUCUCUGGAGUACAUUUUUUGAAUCGGUCAUCUUGUCUGAGUUUAGGGAGAGAGUAAGAAGGAAAAGGAGACAAAGCAGCAAAGGUUUAGAUGAUGUUUUGCAUAUAUCCAAGUUUCAUUAUAAAUAAGAAAACGAGUCAAUAUUUUGCAUCCUUCAGGUCUUGUGUCUGUGAAUGAUUGGGCCUCUGCGGUGGAGAGUGUGAUGUUCCUCGGUCUGCCCUGGAGGAUGCUGCGCAGUCAGCUUGUCACCUGUAAGUUGAACGACGGCAUGAUCGACUACAACGAAUGGUUCAACGAGCUCGCAAUCAAAGGACCCAACACAGAUGUGAGGACACAGUUUUUCUGAUCCACACUGACAACAAAACUCUCCUCCUGGAUUGUUUUUUUUCACUGAGUUAUUGUUUCUCCUCUUGCAGCACAUUGACCAGAGUCUACUUGAGACUUUGUACCGCCACCGAGCUACCUUGGAGACAAUCUUCAGAAUCGUGGACACAGAUAACUCAGGUAAAUCAGGACACACAUAACAAUGUAAAUGUCUUUAAAAUUUAGUACUGAUACUUUGAGUAAACAGCAAGUGAUCAUCUUCUCUUGCCUAAUAUCAAAGGUGAUCAUUUUCAACCUUAACUCCUUCAUUUUAUGUGUCUUUUACAAUAUGUGCCAAACUUUUUUACAGUUUAAUAUCCUUAACUUCUUCCAUAACCUUACAGAUGAUGUAAAAUACUUGAUCGAUCUUUAUUGCUUAUCUGUACUCCAAAGGAAAUGGAAGUAGCCUGUACCAGCAUGCGUUUAAAGUACACUAAGAGACAAAUUGGCUUUUGUUCAACAACCUGAUGAAGUUAGUGACUCAGAGAGCAAAUCCAGUGACGAACAGUCUGGUGCAGCAGAGGUGUAAAGUGUGUCAGAGAUCUGUACGGUGUGUGUGGGCGUCCAUCCACUCAGUUAAUCCACCUGUAGCAUGCAAAAAGACCACAACAUGUCACUGGCUCCUGAAUCCGCUCAGUUAAGACCAGGAUUAACCCACUGAUCUACUGGUCCCUCCACCCCCCCACCCUUGUUUACACCCACACACUCGUUCCUUCAACAUGUGCUGGUCCAUUCAUAUUUUUUUAAAAUAAUUUUUUCAUGACAUGAAAUCACUUUAUCUUUGGUGUCACUUUCUUCACUCCUUCACCCUCAACCCACUCAGGCUUCAUCACCAUCGAGGACUUCAGGCAGACCUGGAAGCUUCUCAGCGUCUACCUGAAAAUGGAGAUCACAGAUGAGGCCAUCUCAGACCUCGCCGUCACUAUCGAUAGCAACCAUGAUGGAAGCAUAGACAUCGAUGAGUUCAUGGAGGCCUUCCGCCUCACUGAUAAGAAGAGCCGGCUGGAACGAGGGCGCAGCAUGUUCAUGGGCACGGCCACUGACCUCACUAAGCUGGAGGGAGACCCCAACAUCUGAACUCGGGACUGAGUGCGCAAAGACUUAAAGGAAGAACGUGACCUUGUCUUAGACUCAACGCAGAAGAGGACUAGAAGCUGCAGCCAACACAGGCUGCUCUAAUGACGCACAUGAAGACGUAGGAUACUGCUGAGCUACGUGGAUCACAGGGAAUUAGAGAGAGGUUAAAUACCGAGGAGUUUGACAGCAAACGUUAAUACUGAUUCCUCACAAUUAGUUGAGUUUGCUUUACCAAGAAUUUUCUCUUAUAUUCUGUGAAAUUGUUUAAAUUCCAUUAAUAUAGAAGAAAGCAUCAUGUUCGUUUAGGCUGCUUCAUGUUAGCACCACAUCUUAAGCUGCUGUUGUCACAUUUACUGUGGACAAUUCAGCAUAUUAUACAAACUAUAAUUUUAAACAGAGAAAAUACUGAAGUCUGUUUAAAAGACUGCUUAAAUGAAGCCAGUGACAAUUUGAAAAAUGAAAAAGGAGAAAAGCUGGCACACAUAUAAUGCCACAGAAAGUAUAAUAACAACAAAUUUUCCAUCUGUGGGUCUUCAUAAGGUCACAAUAACAUGACCAAACCAAGAUAUAACAAAUACAGUGCAUGGUGAUGUGUGUUGUUAUCCAUCCAUGCUGCAGAAAAAACAGCCUACAAUUCAAAUAUUUUAUAUACCAAUAUAUCAAAUUUAUAAGUUCAAAAAACAUAAUAAAAGGGUAAAAAUCUCUCAAGACAUAGAGUUUUCAAUAACCUCAAUUUUGACAUUGUAAUAUAUACUUAAAGAAAAAAGAAAAAAAUCACACUUCAGAGUAAAACACAUCAUGUUUUAAUUUAGAUAAACUUAAAAGACAAAUUUGUAAUCAAAACACGUUUAAAUUUUCUGUCAAGCUAUGAACUGGCUUUAAAAAUUUUACAGAUGCUUCUUUGAAUAAUUUGUGUACUUCAACCAACUAUCGAAUCUGAAAAAGGGCGCUCUAAAUAUCAGAAAACCCAUGGUGUAGUUCAUAACUAAUGGUUCAAUAACAGGGAAAUAGUUAAAGCUGCAUCUUCUUGAAAACCAAAUAUGCACAAUAUGUGUAAACGAAUGUAUCUGAGUUUUUUUGUUUUUUUUUUAACGUUUCUCAUCAAAUCCUGUGACUAUUGAACCUGCCUACAUGGUCAAAUCUGUUUCAGAGACACCAGCAGGGGGCACUAAAAACCCUUUUGGACCAGUUGAAGUAAUGAUUGCGUGCUUCAGUGCUGAUUCUCUUACUGAUGUUAUUAAAAGAUUAUAACUACAUAGCACCAGUGUACUCAAAGGUUUUUGUCAUUUAGUGUGCAGGGGCUCCUCCGUUCUUCAGUGUUUAUUCAAACUAGCCCUGUAUCCACAUGUGAUUAUGUGAGAAGAACAAACUCCACCUGAAGACUUCAUAGAAACCAGUAAACAAAAAUGAACCUAAAAUGUGAUACUAUAGGAGUAAAUAAACAUGCAGCUCUGCAGCAGUUGCACAAAGUAUUUGCAACUUAAUGUUGCUGGUGCCUUAGCAUUAGAAGUGUUUUAACUUCUAGAGAUGAAGUGGAGUACAUGCACUGAUAAUGUUUUGUAUCAACUGCCUACCAUGUGCUGUGGUCCCUCCUCGUCUCAGGUGGGACUCUCACCUCGUCCAGAACGGGGAACUCAUGCUCAUAUUCAUUUGAAUUUCAGGAUGCAUGUCUACCUCCAGACUGUUGCACUGAAGACAGGAAUCAUCACUAACAUAUUACACUUGUUCAUUGAAGACAUGGAGGCAUCUUGGCGGACUUUUAAAAAAAUGUGUAUGUGUUAAAUCGUCUGAGUUUCUGAGGCUGGAUAAAAACCCCACAUUGUUAGUUAUCCUUUAUUUAAACCAUAAGACACAUGAAGAAAUCACUUGCAGAUACAUGACAUGUUCUUAUUGGAUUCUUAAUGUAAAUACUGUAUGUUUUUUUUUUUUUUUAGCAUGGUGAAAAUGUAAAACAUACACCGUAAAUACAAAUGUGUCAGUAAAA